UAAAGGCAGCUGGGAAGACUUUGACUUUCCCCCCCGAAUUGCUGGAAGCGUGCGUGCGAAGCUGCGGCUGGUUGUUUUCCCUGCUGCUGCUGCUGGGUUUGUGGAGAGGUGGAAGGAGAGGCUGGGGCGCUACACGCUGCCUGCCGACGGUGCUGAACAUGGGCGCUUCAACCAGGGCGCUGUCCAUGGUCCCUACCGUGAUUCUCGCCCUGGUUCUCCCCAGCCUCCCGGUCUGGGCGCAGAACGACACGGAGCCCAUCGUCCUGGAAGGGAAAUGCCUGGUGGUUUGUGAUUCCAACCCGGCCACCGAUGCCAAGGGCUCGUCCUCCUCCCCCUUGGGGAUCUCGGUGCGGGCUGCGAACUCGAAGGUCGCCUUCUCGGCCGUGAGGAGCACCAACCACGAGCCCUCGGAAAUGAGCAACAAAACCCGGAUCAUCUACUUCGAUCAGAUCCUAGUAAAUGUGGGCAAUUUUUUCACAUUGGAGUCUGUCUUUGUAGCACCAAGAAAAGGAAUUUACAGUUUCAGUUUUCAUGUAAUUAAAGUCUAUCAGAGUCAAACAAUCCAGGUUAAUCUAAUGCUAAAUGGAAAACCAGUAAUUUCUGCCUUUGCUGGGGACAAAGAUGUCACUCGUGAAGCUGCAACUAAUGGAGUCCUGCUCUAUCUAGACAAGGAGGAUAAGGUUUACCUGAAACUAGAGAAAGGUAAUCUAGUUGGUGGAUGGCAGUACUCUACAUUUUCUGGGUUUCUGGUCUUCCCUCUGUAAAAGUCAACUUCCCUGUGACAUCCAUCCAGGUGUGGACCAGUCAUUGCCUCUGUUAUUUGAAGAUCAUUUUAUCAUCAUUGGGAUUGAUGUUUCUUUAUUGGUUUCUCAUGGGUGAAUAUGGAUUCUAUUUAUGGAUUUUGGCCCUAUCUGAACUACUACGAAGUUUCACAGAAUUUUGUGUGUUUAAAUACAGUAUAUUUGGAUUAAGACUUAAAGCAGACCAUAAAUAUCUAUGCUUAAUGUUACAGUCUAAAGCUGCCUGCAAGAUUUAUUCAGAUUUCAUUUACUGGACUUAUUGGAUUCAUGGGAGAAGUGGAUUUUCUUUUCUUUUUAAAAGACUGGCAACUGGGUCUAUAAUUUAGGAGAUUUUGAUUUCAGACUUCAAUCAAGAGUUAGCGUGUUGCUGCCAAAGAACUGUAUAUUGAUAUAUUUGGUUAUACAUAUUUUUGUUCUUUUGGACACUAUAGACAUAAUUUAUUCAAUUUUUUUGAGAAAGAUUAUUAUUGAUAAGUGAUUGACUUUAUUUCUCCUCUACAUGUAGUGGGUUG